CACUGAAAGAAAAUUUUUUAUCUCAUUCACCACGUCCAUAAUAUCAAUCGCUGACCAGUGGUGCGUUAAGUCACUUCACAGACGUCAACUUCUAUAAUUUAAAGUGAUCGCGAAAAUGUCAAGUUGAGUAAGUAAUGAGAGCGUGUAGGGAGUUUAGGGGUUGUUCGUUCCCUUGAGUACGUCAUCUACAUGCCGUUUCAGGUAGAAGGGGAUAUGGAAGAAUACGAACAAGAUUUAUCCGUAGUUGAUGUGUAUGAUAUUGCUUCGGAAAUUGGAAAGGAGUUCGAAAAGAUAAUCGAUGCUUACGGAACGCAGGCUGUUACUGGUUUGAUGCCCAAAGUAAUAAGUGCAUUGGAGAAUCUUGAAGCGCUAGCGACGAAAAAUGAAAGGGAGAAUACUACCGUUGAAGAGCUACGGGCAAGGAUCGCUAAAUUGGAAAGUGACAAGCUUGAAAAGGCAGAAGAUCGUCAAAGAUUUGAAAAGGAAUUGGAACAAAUAGAAGAACAUUGGCGGGAGGAGUCGCAAGAUUUGGUGUCUAUGGUAACAAGAUUACAAGAUGAAAAUCACAAACUCUCAGCGUUGUUGGCAGAAAGAGAUGACAAACUAUGUGGCGAUUCAGCUCAUACAGUAAGCACAGAAGUUGACGUUGUGGUGCUGCAAAGACUGCGUAAUGUGAUUGACCAACAGAGAGAGCAGAUUCGUUCAAGAGAAAGGGAAAUCCAGGCCAAAGCUGCAGAAAUUGAUGCUCUGAGUGCUCAAGUUGAGAGGUUAACAAUGCUGGGACGUGAGUUGCGACGUAAGCACCGGGGAGCACAAGCUCAGGUGCACUCGCUCAUAGAUGAACGCGCAGACUUCCUGGCACAGCUGCAAGACCAGCAGCGUGAGCUUGUUGGCCUCCGGCAGCGCCUUGGUCUUGCCCAGAAAGAAAAUGAAGAUCUUGCCAAGUCUCAUUCUGAAGUGCCAGACCUAACAAAUAAAGUGGUUUAUGAUUUGGAUGAUCCAAACCGGCCACGCUUUACGACUGCAGAACUGAAGGAAAUACUGCAUGAGCGAAAUGAACUGAAGGCUAAAGUCAGUGAUCUGGAGGAUGAGCUGGAAAUUUACAGGCCAAAGUCAAGGGACUUCUUCAGCAGUCCUCGGUGGUCAACUGAACAACGGAGUUCUUUCUGUGAUCUCAACACCAAGUCACCUGUGGCAGUUGUUCGACCACAUUUCCCCUCCCCACCACCUGUCUCAGAAUCCUAUUCCACUCUUGAGAAGGAAACUUUCAACUCAGCAGGGAAAGAUAGCAACUCUUCUGCCUUUCAAUCUCCUAGUGAAGAAGAAGAGGAACCACCAGUACAAGGACCUCUUCCUUUCGAACCUGAUGAUGCUCCGUGGAAGAAAUCUGAAUCUGGAAUUCGGAAAUUAUUCUUUAUGAUAUCCACAUCAAUUUCGAACAAUAUGUUUAGUCCUGCAAAGGCUAAUAGUGAUUAAAGUUUUCGGAAGCUCCUUAGUGACAACAAUGGUUCGUUCCUUGGUGCUGCUCCAAAACGAAGUCUUUCAUCAUUGUCCAAGAUGGCCCUAUCUAGCACUUCAGAUUCUAAUAUACCAUUGUAAUAGAGUUGUUGAUCCUUCAUUUACUGCUUUAUUUCCUAGAUAUAUUGUUGAUAUUGCAGGCAAUAUUGAACUCUGCAGGUUUCAUGAAUGAAGAUGUGUGUUUAUUGAAAUUUGAGUGAACAAAAGACCAUCUCAGAGAUAAUCAGAAGUAUGUUCCAACUAUAUUAAUAGCAUUUUGGUCAAUAUCCACUGUCUGUGUGUAGGCAAAUACGGAAUCUAAAAUGUUGUUAGUACUGAAUAAGUAGAUAAGAGUAUUACAACAAAUGUGGUUUAUCUUUCCACACAUUCCUUUCUCUUUUGUUCAGUUGCUUAUUGUUUCAACAAUUUGUUAUGAAGUCGUAAAAAUGCUGUGCUCUCUUGGACGUUUGUUUUACAAUCAUUUGCCUGAAUUUUCUGCUUAAUUCUUGCUUUUAGAUACUUCUAAGAGUUCAGAGCAUAUAUAUUUUUAUUUAUACGUGUACAUUACUUCAGUGAGUAUAAAACUGAAAAGAAAAGCUGAACCAUUUUAAACUGAUAGUUGGUGUUUUAAAUGUUGCUGCAUGUGUCUGUGGAUUCAUAUCCAUUCCCAGUAUUGUUACUAAAUUGAUGUUUUAUUUAUUUUUUCGUAAAUAUUCAAAUUUAUAAAUACAUCAUAUGUAUCUGUAGAAUAUAUUUCCAGAUAAGUAUGAUAAGACAUUCAUUGGUAGAUCUACUUGAUGACAUGUUUUUAUAGACUGGUUUUUAUAAUUGCUCGUGCAAGUCUGUUUCCUUUGUUCCUGUCAAACAUGAACAGAGAACUUUGUCACCUUGUAUAGCUGAAAAAACUUUUCAUUUGUCUUUGUUGCAGUUUAGUUUACACAUGUACACUCAUUUAUAGUUACGUUGCUACUUUGUACAUUGCAUCAUAUAUUGUAAAUAUGCUAAAUCUCUUUGUGGCAGAAUGUACUGCCAUGUACUGCAGAAGGCUUAAUAUAUAAUAAUUUGUAUAUUGAUACACUGAUGUGAUAACUUUUUUAUCUUUUUGUAUUUUGGAUCUGAUAACUUUAUUUGUGUAAUAUAUGAUUCAGUGCUACUAUUUUAAGUUGAUUAAGUGUGUUGAAAAUAUUAUGGAAAAUAUGCCAUUUCUUUAGAAGAAUAUACACUAAAUUUUGUCAUGACAUACACUGCACAUUAGAACUAUGGUGAGCUGAAGAAGGUGAAUGACUUUUAGAACUUUUUCAUAUAUGUUAUGAUGAAUAGAUAAGACCUGAAAUAUGUAUUGUUGCAGGUCUCAUAAAAAAUGUUGUACACACACAAAUAUUUUUCCUGGAAGUUUUGUGAUACAGGGUACAUAAAAAUACUUGAAAUUACUUAAAAUUUUUGACAUUCGUUUAUUUGGUGUUCUUGCUUUUUUGUUGUGUACAGAUACAGUCUUGUGUGCCAAUAAGAGUCACUAUUUACAGUUGUUCUAAGGUGGCAGAAACCAACACUUUGUCAUUUGACAGUAAGUCACUCAGCAGAUUGUGUACUGCUAUACAUUUUGGAAUGUUUGACAUUAAAUAAAAGCAUUUAGAGUGAAGUAUACUGAUAGAGAU